AUGACAAUCAGAGCCUCCAAGUUCACACCCGAGGUGCUACUCGAAGCGCCACGCCGUUCCGGAGGUGUCCCAAACUCUGAUGCAUCAAAAGUCGUGUACGCGGUUUCCACAUACAGCUUUGCUGAACAUUCGAAGAAAUCCGAGAUUCGCAUUCUGGAUGCUGCAAGCCAACAAACCAGUCUCGUGACAGAUGAUGCAUCCUUCAGCGAGCCUUCGUGGCUUGACGAUGAGACUGUACUAUUGCUAAAGUCGAAUGAUGAUGGCACCACGAAGAUGGUUGUUGGCUCCCCAUACAACUUCGAGAAAACCAAACAUACUGCUGUACAUAUCGACGGCCCAGUAAGCGACGCCAAGAUUUAUGCCCUCGGUGAUGACACUUUCGGUUUCGCUGUGGUCGGUAAGGCGAAGCCAGAUGGUACGCUGUUCAACCCUGAGCUGGCCGAGAAGCCACAUUCCUCAGGCAAGCUUUACAAGUCCGGAUUUGUUCGUCACUGGGAUCAUUACGUGACGGAGAACCGGAACGCGAUCUGGCUUGGCAAGUUUAUCUUGAAGAAGUCGGAGAAGUCCCAAGAUACCGGUGCCAACCCUGGAUAUCCUCUGAUAAAUGCGCUAAAGGGAACGGAGUUGGAGUCGCCGAUUGAGCCUUUUGGUGGAAAGGAUCAUUUCGACAUAUGCAAGUAUGGCCUGGUCUUCACGGCGAAAGAUCCUGGCCUGAACCCUGCGACACACACGAAGACCAACAUCUACGUUUCCGCGUCUGAAACAUUCUGGGAUGAUCUUCACUUCAAGGACCAGCCACAAAUUCAAAAUGUAUCCAUCGAAGGCUUCGAGGGCGCCAGCACGUCUCCUGUCUGGUCGAACUCGCGUGGCAUGAUCGCUUUCCUCUCCAUGAAGACUGACGGCUACGAGUCAGACAAGAAUCAGCCCUUCAUUAUCCACGAUUACAAGAAACCCUCAGAGGUCACCCUGCUCUACGGAUCUGAAGACGGCAAGGGUGAAUGGGAUCGAAGCCCACAGUCAAUAUCUUGGAGCCCUGACGACUGGCGCCUUUACUUCACUGCCGAAUCACAUGGGCGUGGAAACUUGUACGGUGCCGGACCCCCUAAGCCUGGCGGCGAGAAGGAGCCUCUGCCAUCACUACUAGUGAAGGGUGGGACCAUCGGCUCAGUACAGGUACUCAAGAAUGGCGAUCUUUUCUUGGCUUCCACCAGCUUGAUCGAGAACUCUCUCUACUCACUGGUCCCACUGAGCGCACAAAACAAAGACACUGCCGUCUACGAUCUUCCCAUCGACGAUCGGCCAUACGACUCCGACCCUGAUCAUCUGACAACCAAGUACAUAUCUUCAAACACUCGCUCUGGGUCCAUGUUUGGUCUGUCGCGCCACCAGAUCGAUGAAAUCCAUUGGGAUGGCGCUGCAUCCGGUACCAAGGUCCACGCCUGGGUUAUAAAGCCCAGCAACUUCUCGUCCAGCAAAACAUACCCCCUCGCUUACCUCAUCCACGGUGGACCCCAGGGUGCAUGGACGGAUGGAUGGAGUACGCGUUGGAACCCUGCAGUAUUCGCAGAGCAAGGCUACGUUGUCAUUUGCCCAAACCCUACAGGAAGCACAUCCUACGGACAAGCCUUCACAGAUGCGAUCCAAGGCCAGUGGGGCGGUCUGCCAUACGAAGACCUCGUGUUGGGCUUCGACUACAUAAAGCAGAAUGUCAGCUACGUCGACACGAAGCGAGCUGUUGCUCUCGGUGCCUCCUACGGCGGAUACAUGAUGAACUGGAUCCAAGGACACCCUCUUGGCCGCGAAUUCAAAGCCCUAGUGACCCACGACGGCGUCUUCAGCAUGUCCGGCCAGAUGGCGUCUGAGGAGUUGUACUUCCCCUUCCACGAUAUCAAGGGAACGCUUUGGAACAACCCCGAGAAUUGGGCCAAGUGGGACCCGUCCAGGUUUACCGAGAACUGGGCCACGCCUCAGCUGGUCAUACACUCCGAACUGGACUACAGGCUCACCAUCAGUGAGGGACUGGCAGCGUUCAAUGUGCUGCAGUGUAAAGGAAUUGAGAGUCAGUUCUUGACGUUCCCGGAUGAGAACCAUUGGGUGCUGAAACCGGAGAAUGGGCUCAUGUGGCAUACGGUUGUGUUGGAUUGGAUCAAUAAGCAUGUGGGAUUGAAGACGUACACUGAGGCUCGGAAGGCGGGAACCACCGACUAG